GACUUUACUCACUCACAUUCUGACUUAAAGUCGGUUAAACGUUUUUGUCGGAGUAUAGUCGGUUAUCAGACGCUGCGUGUCUGAUUUAUGGGUGAGAACUAGGCUGGAGUGGGUCUGAGCUCCCCCGCGCUGAGCAGGGUUGGUUCGCUCCAGUCAGCGGAAGUGUCCCUGCAGUUGUUGGUGUAGUCUGCGGGGCAGCGGCGGCGGGUCGGCGGGGCAGCAGGGUGGUGUAGCCGGGUGACAGACCCAGCCAUGCGGCGGAGGGAGAAGCGGCUGCUGCAGUUCGCUGGGCUGCUGAUCGUGGCUCUGCUCUUCUUACCGAACGUGGGUCUGUGGUCUCUGUAUCGGGACCGAGUGUUUGAGAACCCGCCCGCGGCGCUGGACUCCCACAUCCAGGUAGCCAAUGGAAGGCCCAGGCCGCCAGUGGAGCGUAGUGGUCAGCAUAGAAAGGACUGGCACGAUUACGAAGCAAUCAAAAGAGAUGCAGCACGACCAGGUAAUGGAGAACAGGGCAAGCCGUUUCCGCUAACCGACGCUGACCGUGUUGACCAGGCGUACCGAGAGAACGGCUUUAACAUUUACGUCAGCAACCGGAUCUCCCUGAACCGCUCACUGCCCGAUAUACGACACCCAAACUGCAAGUUGAAGCUGUACUCUGAGAGGCUUCCAAACACUAGCAUCAUUAUCCCCUUCCAUAAUGAAGGCUGGUCUUCUCUGCUCCGGACCGUCCACAGUAUCCUCAACCGUUCUCCCCCAGAGCUCAUCGCAGAGAUAAUACUGGUGGAUGAUUUCAGUGACAGAGAACACCUGAAGGCCUCACUGGAGGAUUACAUGGUUCGCAUGCCGAAGGUUCGGAUCCUGCGCACGAAGAAGCGUGAGGGGUUAAUCCGGACGAGGCUGCUCGGUGCCGCCGCUGCUAAAGGAGAAGUCAUCACUUUCCUGGACUCGCACUGCGAAGCUAAUGUCAACUGGCUCCCCCCACUGCUGGAUCGCAUCGCUCAGAACCGGAAGGCGAUCGUGUGUCCGAUGAUCGAUGUGAUCGAUCAUGAUAACUUUGGUUAUGAGACGCAGGCUGGUGAUGCGAUGCGAGGGGCGUUUGAUUGGGAGAUGUAUUAUAAACGUAUCCCCAUUCCUGCAGAGCUGCAGAAGGACGACCCCAGCGAACCCUUCGAAUCUCCAGUGAUGGCUGGCGGUUUGUUUGCUGUGGACAGGAAGUGGUUCUGGGAGCUGGGAGGAUAUGACACGGGACUGGAGAUCUGGGGAGGAGAGCAGUAUGAGAUAUCCUUUAAGGUGUGGAUGUGCGGUGGGCGAAUGGAGGAUAUCCCCUGCUCUCGGGUCGGCCAUAUUUACAGGAAGUAUGUCCCCUACAAAGUGCCGGGAGGAGUCAGCCUCGCCAGGAAUCUGAAGCGGGUAGCGGAGGUGUGGAUGGAUGAAUAUGCAGAGUAUAUUUACCAGCGGCGGCCGGAAUAUCGCCACCUGUCCGCCGGGGAUGUCACUACACAGAAGGAGCUGAGGGCCAGGCUGAACUGUAAGAACUUUAAGUGGUUUAUGACGGACGUGGCCUGGGACCUGCCCAAACAUUACCCACCGGUGGAGCCUCCAGCUGCAGCCUGGGGAGAGCUGCGGAACGUGGGCAGUGGUUUGUGUAUGGAGAGUAAACACUUCUCCUCCGGGACUCCGCUGCGAAUGGAGGUGUGUGUAAAAGGACGGGGAGAAACUGCCUGGAGCCACGGACAGGUGUUUACAUUUGGGUGGAGGGAGGACAUUAGGGUGGGUGACCCACUCCACACCAAGAAAGUGUGUUUUGAUGCCAUCUCACACAACAGCCCUGUAACGCUGUACGACUGCCACGGCAUGAAGGGCAACCAGCUGUGGCGCUACAGGAAGGAUAAGACUCUGUACCACCCCAUCAGUAACAGCUGUAUCGACCACAACCCCAACGAGAAGAGGGUCUUCAUGAACUCCUGUGAUGCCAGCAUAGCCACCCAGCAGUGGGUCUUCGAGAGAACAAACUCCACGGUUCUGGACCAGUUCAACCGGCACCAGGACUCCUGAGCCCAGCACUAAGCAGCCAGACUUUAGGACAUGUUUUUUUUAUUUUAGAGGCCUGGAGAAAAGAGAAAGAAAAGAAAUAUGCUGGAGACGCUGUGCAGCUCCCGGUUCCUGACUAAUGAACCUCUGAGUUUCAGGAAACUACAGAAAAACACUUCACAAUGAUGAUCUGAAACUUUUUAUCAUGAGUAUGGUAUUCAGCGCAGAGAACGGCUAUAUCUUUUUUUAAGCAUAUCACUGUCAAAAGGUUCUGGGAUGGUGUGAGAUUCUGAGUUAUGUGACAUCAGCGUAACCCAGUGGCUACAGAUUAAAAUUGCUUAUGCUGUCACAGAAUUCAAGAUGUUCUAUCUAACAAGUGUGAACAACUAGCUACUGUGCUAGACAUACUUAUUAAUAUAAUUGGUUUUAUUGCACUUUUUUAUUGCCCUCCCAAAAAAAAUCACCUUAUGCUGGGAGGCUAGCUCAUUAACUAGCUCUUGAUCAGCAUAAGGUAUGUUUUCCCUGGAUGGCCAGCAGGUCUUGAGCUGGAUUUGUUUAAUUAUGACAGGUGGCUUUGCUAGCUAAUAUCAUUGGGAAAUGUUAGCUAAAGUAAUUAGUCUAUGUACUAGCUAACAUUUUAGGUAAUGCUAGCUAACCUUAUUUUUAAAGUUAACUUAAAUUGUUAAGAAGUGUCAGCUAAUAUAACAUAAGGUAACAUUAGCUACUAUUAUUGGGUAGUAAUACCAGAUAAUCUACCAUAUUUAGGUAGUAAUAGCUUACAUCAUGAGGCAAUUCGGGCUAACAUCAUUCAGUAGAGUUAACUAAAAAGAUAAGAUUGUGUUAGCUUGCAUGCUAAAGUGAUGGUAGCUAAUGUUCUCUAGUGCACUUAGCUUUUUACUUAACUAAAUUACCUAGCAUUGGCUUACAUUAUGAGGUAAUUCUAGCUAACCUUAUUAAGUUGAGUUAGCUAAACUUAUUAGCUUACUUAGUUUUAGCUAACAUCCUGAAGUAAUUUGAGCUAACAUUAUUCAGUAGUGCUAAAAUGAUGGUGUUCACUUACAUCGUAAUGUAAAAAUAGUCAACUCUAUAUGGUAGAGUUAACUAUUAUAAUUAUAUAAUUAUAAAAAUGUAACAUUGGCUAAAAUAUAAUACAUUUACAUUUUUCGGUAGAGUUAGUUAACAUAAUUUCCCUACUGGAACUGUGUAGACCAGUAUGAGUUCUGUAAACACAUUCUGGCUUUGUUUACCCUUUUGUUGUUCAACUUUAAGAGCAGCAGUAAUUUAAAAUAAUGGGUCACAUUGACCACAGGCAGGUUUAACCACCUAAAAGUAGAACAUAUAUUUCCCAAAACAUUGUUUUAGCUAAAUAUUUUUAGUUAAAUAUUAAAUAGUUUGACUCACAGUGCAACAGAGGGAUUAGCUCACCAAUGAUUUUAGCUAUCAUUUAAAUCCACCUGGGUCUGGGUUCU